AUGUCUAGUAUAUCAAAUAUACCUCAUGAAUCAAUUGAAAUUGAUAUUGGUUCAUUAGAAUUAAGUGCUAGUCGUCUUAUUUGUUUGAUUAAACCAACUUGGAUAAAGAAAAAUUUAAUUUUUAAAAAAUUAGGUACUGAUUUUAAUAAUACUUAUUAUUCAAUUUAUCCAAGUGAUACUGAUGACGAACAAUCUGGUAUUGUUAUUAAAAUUUAUUCAGUAAAUUCCGAUGUAUAUACUGAUCAUAAAAAAGAACUUGAAUUAAUGAAUGAAUUUAUUCAUCAUGGAAUAGCUCCACGUCUUUUAUUAACAUUUAAUAAUGGUUAUUUUUCUAAUUAUAUUCAUGGAAAUAUAUUAGAUACAAACGAUGAACAUACUCCUCAAUUAAUCGCUCAUAAAUUGGCUGAAUUUCAUUCAUUUCCAUUAAAAUCUACAAAUAGUAUCGAUUUUAUUGAUAAACUUCAACAAUUUAUUGAUUUAUUUACUAAGAAAAAUGUUACCUUAGACGAAAAAUUAAAAGAACCACAUGAAGAUAAUCCAACAUUUUUAUCUUCAUUAAAAUCUGCUAUUGGUUUAAAUACUAUUCAAAUUGAAACAUUAGAUCAACUUGAAUUACAAUUAAAAGAUACAUCAUGGGCUGAACUGUCAACCGAAAUUAAUUUUAUACGCACUGUUCUAAAUGAACAUUGGUCAAAACAUAAUUUACCAAUUGUUUUAUGUCUUAAUAAUCUUCAUAUCGAUAAUUUUCUAUAUAAUUCAAUAACUAAAACAGCAACGAUUAUUGAUUUUGCUCACUGUUUAAAUAAUUAUUUCCUUUUUGAUAUUGUUUCAUAUUUUCUUGAAUUAACUCGAAAUAAUUCAGAAAAUAAAUAUCCUGAACGUCAUAUUCAAAAAUUAUUUUUAAUUGAAUAUCUUAAACAAACAUCAUUAAAUUUAUCUAGUCUUGUUUAUGAUCAUUUGAAACCAACUGAUAUGGAAUUAGAACGUUUGUGUGAUUUAUGUGGUUUACUUAUUGCACCUAUUCAUUUAUAUUGGGCUUUAUGGGCUUUUAUACAAGGAUUACUUAAUAAAUCGAACUCAACAUUUGAUUAUAUUAAAUAUGGUGAAACUCGACUUCAUGAAUAUCAAAAAUAUAAACAAAAUUUUUUUCUUCCAUUGUAUCCUCAUGCUACAAAUUAA